AUGGCUCACCUCCGGCUCCUCUUCUCCUACUCGCGGCGCCACCCGCAGCACCACCGCCUGCUCUCUCUCUUCCACUUCUCCUCCGACGCCAACUCCAGCUCCGCCUCCCCGCCGCCGCCCAUCAAGCCCGUCUCCUACGCGCCGAAGCCGCAGCAGCAGGCCCCGCCCGAGGAGUCCGCCGCCCCGCUAACCCUGGACGCUGCCCCCAGGGACCAAUCCCCACUGCCACGACGGCCGCAGCCGCCGAUGUCGCCGCGGGAGUGGACGCAGCAGGAUAUGCGGUACGUGAAGGACGCGGCGCCGGCGAUCUCGCCCGUCUCAUACCCGUCCAGGGUCGCGCCGCUGCCGGAGGACCGUCCGGUCGGCGGGGAGGCGGAGGCGGUGCAGCACGAGGGGCUGCGGGGGGAGGCGGAGCGGAUCCAGAUGGACGCGGCGCGGGCCACCAGGAGCAUCUUUGGGAUGCCGCUCGAGGAGGAGCAGCUGCCGUACCCGACGAUUAUACCGAUCGUCAAGCGGCCGCAGAAGGUCGCCAUUGAUCUCGUCGACGCCAUCCGCCUAGUCAAGACCAGUGCAAACGAGAAGAAGCGGAAUUUUGUUGAAACUGUUGAAGCUCAUGUGAUAUUAGGUGUUGAUCCACGUCGUGGUGACCAGAUGGUUCGUGGCGCCUUAACAUUGCCUCAUGGCACUGGCAAGACUGUUAGGGUAGCAGUAUUUGCUGAAGGUCCUGCAGCAGACGAAGCUAGAGCUGCUGGAGCAGAUGUAGUUGGUGGUGACGAGUUGAUUGAGGAGAUCCGCACAGGAGGAGGCAAACUAAGCUUUGACAAGUGCAUAGCAACCCCAAUGUUCAUGCCCCGACUUUCAAAGGUUGCUAGGAUAUUGGGUCCACGUGGUUUGAUGCCUAAUCCUAAGCUAGGGUCUGUGACGAAUGAUGUCUCUGGUGCGGUCAAAGCGGCAAAAUCAGGCCGUGUUGAUUUCAAAAUAGAUAAAACUGCUAUAGUGCAUGUUGGCCUUGGGAAGGUGAACUUUACUGAGGAGAGUUUACGUGAAAAUAUAGGUGCUUUUGUGCAUGCACUUUUACUUGCUAAGCCAGUGGGCUUAAAGAAAACUUCAAAAUAUGUAGGAUAUGUGAAGAAGUUCACACUGAGUAGCACAGUUGCACUGGACUCAUGGGCUCAUGGCAUGGUCAAGUACUCUAUUGAACAGAGUGGAUAUAUGUUUGCAAGUCAAAAUUACACAGUUCAAGUUGGUGGUAUGUACUCUGUACAUGGAAAUAUCUCCUUAGUGACUGCAACCAUGCCUCGAAGUACCAGUGCAGUUGAUCAAAAUGAAGUGUACAGAGAAAGGUCUUAUUAA